GCUUCUCGCGGUUUUCGCUCUUCUUUGGCACAGAUCGCGUCUGGGCCAGAAGAUAAUCGUGCUGUGUUCUGUUCUCUCGGAUCAUACCAGUGCGGUUCGUUGGAGAUCAGGAGUUCGGACACCCGCUUUGAAGAAUCGGUCUCAAGCAGUUGGCUUAUCGCUCAGAGGGGAAUGCCUUGACAGAAAAAGCUAAACCUAGAGGUAUCUAGAGUCCGACUAAACAAUUGUGCGCGAGCAAGGAUUGGCCGACAGCGUUCUGUGCGCUCCAGCAUAUACGACAGAAGAACCAGGGGACCGACAGACCAAUUGCACAUUGUAACGAUGGACCCGAGAACGGGCCUCGCGGAGGCCUUGAGAACUUUGCAAAAUAUAUUAUCUUCGCCUAACCUUGCGGUCUCGCAACACCUGGGGCCCUCGGACGGGACGACAACCAAGUUUCCGGUUUUGCCUCGAGACAUCCCGACUGUGCCACUUGCCAAACUCGAUCAGGUUCUCCCUACUUCAUCAUCGUCUGGCGAUAGGCAGGGAAAGGCAGACGGCAACGAGGCCCUCGCAGGAUUAGCAACGCACCUCACGACCAGCAUUCUUCCGUAUCUCAAUCUCUCCUCGCUCUCGCCAAACUAUUACGGCUUCGUGACCGGCGGCGCCACUCCGGCGGCCCUGCUAGGCGACUUCCUCAGCUCUAUCUACGACCAAAAUGUCCAGGUCCACCUACCGCGAGAGACCAUCGCGACGACCCUCGAAGUCGCCACCUUGAAUCUGCUCGUGCAGUUGUUCCGGCUGCCGGACGCGGAGUGGGGGAUCGGGAAACGCAGCUCUGGGGGCGGCGGGACGUUUACUACCGGCGCGACGGCGAGCAACGUCGUGGGCCUGGCACUGGGGAGGGAAUUCGUACUCCGAAAGGCUCUGCAGAGGCGAGGCAUCUCGGACGCCGGCCUGAGUUGUGGCGAGCACGGUGUCCCAGAACUCAUGUACCAAGCCGGUCUCCGGAAGAUCCAGGUGCUCAGCACGUUGCCUCAUUCCAGCAUCGCCAAAGCAGCCAGUAUCGUGGGCAUAGGAAGGAAGAACGUCAUUUCGAUUUCCUCUUCGCAGGGCGACGGCCUGCAGAUCGACCUCGCCCGCUUGAGCGAGGAGGCGGCAAGACAGGACGUCGUCAACAUCCUGGCCAUCUCCGCCGGAGAAGUCAACACCGGCCGCUUCGCCACGGACUCGCUCGACCAGAUGACCCGUAUCCGCCGGAUCUGUGACGAAUUUGGAGUUUGGGUCCAUGUCGACGGCGCCUUCGGGCUCUUUGGCCGCGUCUUUCCCCCAGACAACGCCAGCCGGACAGAGUUCGACGCGAUAAUCCGUGGAGUCGACGGCCUCGAGCUCGCCGACUCUAUCACCGGGGACUGUCACAAACUGCUCAACGUCCCCUACGACUGCGGCGUCUUCUUCACCCGCCACAAGGGCCUGUGUGAAGAUGUCUUCCAGAACGGCAACGCGGCGUAUCUCACCAGCGCCACCACCACCGCCCCUGCUAGCACCUCGACGAGCAACGCAGACGCUGGCGUGGAUGCUUACGACGCGAUCCAGAGCCCGUUGAACAUCGGGAUUGAGAACUCGCGCAGAUUCCGCGCGCUGCCUGUAUAUGCGACGCUCAUGGCAUACGGCAGGGCCGGUUAUCUCGACAUGUUGACGCGCCAGGUUAAACUGGCAAGGAGGGUGAGCAGUUGGCUACUCAGAGACGCAAGGUUCGACCUCCUACCCGCGCGGAGUGGCCGGGAGAGUGAACAAGAAACUCUGGCGAAGACAUUUAUGGUGGUCUUGUUUAGGGUAAAAGACGAGGAACUGAUGAGAGACUUUGUGAGGAAGGUGAAUGAAACCGGGAAGAUCUACAUGACGGGGACCGUUUGGGAUGGGAGGCCCGCAGCAAGGAUUGCGAUAAGUAAUUGGAAAGUCGAUCAGGAGAGAGAUGGCAAAUUGAUCGAGAAAGUUCUGGAUGAGGUGGCUGGGGGACGAGGGUGAAGCAUCGGCUUGGAAGGCGACGACAAAGGCUCGGUCGAGGGUUGGCGGAACUAUCACUGCAAGAUGCGAGCCCGUCCUGCUUCGAAUGAUUCCCUAUAUACAGAUCAAAAUACCGCACCGCCAAUAAUAAAAAUCCGCUCCUCCUCCC